AUGGGCUGCAAACAAGCGAAGCGCAAAGCUAGCGAAGUGUCAACGACGGACCUCAAGCUUCAAGACCUUGUGCGAACGCAGAACGAGAAGAACAAGCUCUUUGCUGAUUUCAUGCUGCUUCAAAUGCUUCAGAAGUCGACAUCGCCUGAGGAUGAGGCCAUGCUGUCAAAAAUGAAGGAAGACUACCUUGCAAAGAGAAGUCGUAGUACGCGUGCAUACGAAGACGAAGAGGUAGUCUAA